AUGUCUUCAUCAGAGACUAGUUCCAUUGCGUCAUUAAAUAAUGUGAUGCUUCAGAUUAAUCGUUAUUGUACAAUAUUUAUUCUUCUAUUUGGUUUUGUUGGAAAUAUUCUAAAUAUAUUAGCUUUAUCACAACGAAAUCUUCGUUCAAAUCCAUGCGGUUGGUAUUUUCUAACCUCAUCUAUUGCCAAUCUGAUUUCAAUUGUUUCUGGUCUUCUUACACGUUUAUUAUCUGGUUGGAAUAAUGAUCUAACGGAAACAAUUGAUUGGCUAUGUAAACUUCGAGCUUUUGUUGUAUUUUCUUCUCGAACAAUUGCCUUUUGGCUUAUCAUGUUUGCAACAAUUGAUCGUUGGCUUUUGUCAUCUGCUAAUGCUCAUUAUCGACGGUUGAGUACAUUAAAAAAUGCUCGACGAAUUACAUUCAUUGUUGUAUUUAUUUUUUGUCUUAUGUAUGUUCAAAUGUUUUAUUGUUAUCAAGCAAAUUUAUCGGAUACACCAUUAAAGUGUUAUGGAAAAACAGAUACAUGUCGUCAUAUUAAUGAUCUCAUCUAUGUAUGUAUUGCUAUCUUAUUGCCAAUAAUCUUCAUGUUAAUAUUUGGCUUAUGGACAAUUAUAAAUAUACAUCAAUCACAAAAUCGUAUACGAGUGGUGACUAUUGAAGUUAUCCUCUUAAUUUUAUUAAUAUUUCCACAAGCCAUACAAAAAUUAUAUGCAACAAUAACACUUGAUGAAAAUAAAUCUGAAUAUAAUAAAGCUAUCGACAAUUUUGUUUACAAUUUUGCUCUUUUAUUGACUUUUAUCGCAAGUGGAAUGCCAUUUUAUAUUUACACACUAUGUGGUGGAUCCGUUUUUCGAAAAGCAUUAUUCAAUGUUUUUAAAUGUUAA